AUGGACGUAGCCGACAUAGAGGCUCUGAUUAAGAGCGAGGCCUCAAUCUCGACGGAUAUCGAUCCGCAUUCCAUUCCGGAAGGUGAUCCGCAGCUCCAGCUGCGGUGUAAUCUGUAUAUCCACACACUGAUACGCAGGUGGGAGGAGACAGAGCCGGUAUAUUUGCCUGAAUGUCUCCCAGAGCUCAAACGGCACCUGUUUCCUCUCCUUGUGCAGUUGCGGCGGGGUAGCCUGCAGAAGGACUUGUUGACUACGCUCGCAUCGCUGCUAUACCACUUGCAACAAGAAGAGUUCGCGCAGGCAGAGCAAUGCUACCUGGACCUGAGUCUGGGCAAAGUAGCAUGGCCUAUCGGCGUGGCAGGCGUGGGCAUUCACUCUGCGCACGAUACGGCGCGGCGCAUUGGUACUACUCGGGCCAACGUCAUGAAGGAUGAGGAGACCCGAGACUGGAUCUUGCAGGUCAAACGGCUCAUCACCUUUAGUAUAAAAGCCGAGCCUCAGAGCAGCGAGGAUGAGGACGACGAGGACUAG